GUAGAAAGCAAAAGUCACUAACUUCCGAUUUCGUUCACCAAUCCAUCACAUAAUGAUCUUCUGAAAGUAAAAGGCAUUCGUUUUCAUCUCCGUCGCAGCUCCGGCAACUCAAUGAUUCACCUCCGACUUUGAAUCCACCGCGAUUCUUUGUACCCUACCGAUCCUGAAUCCUGAUCGGAAACAGCGAGCAGGUCAUAGAAUUGAGGGGAUUUUAGAUGGGGACUGUAGGGGAGACAGAAGGAGAGGGAGUGUUGGAUGUGGAAGAGACGAUAUUCGUUGCUGUCGAGAAGAAUGUGAAGAAGAGCAAGAAGACGCUGUUUUGGGCGGCGGAGAACUUCGUCGGGCAGAAAAUCUGCUUGCUCCAUGUUUAUCAGCCUACUGAUGUACUUGCUUUAAAUGGGAACUUUUCUCACCAGGAUUUGAAACAAAAUGCAAUUGAGGCAUUCCAGAAGCUUGAGAGACAAAAAAGGCAUGAACUUCUGGAUGACUACCUUCCACUUCUUGACCAAGCGGGGGUGCAAGCAGUCAAAAUUUUGAUAGAGAUGGACAAUAUUGAACGGGGGAUUGUAGAGGCUAUUGCUCAGUACAAUAUUAGAUGGCUUGUAAUGGGUGCAGCAGCAGAUAAAUACCAUUCAAUGGAACUCACAGGGUUGAAAUCAAAGAAGGCAAUCUUUGUAUGCCAAGAAGCACAAAUUUCAUGUCACAUCUGGUUUGCUUGCAAUGGUUACCUCAUUUACACAAGGGUAGGUAGAAAAGAUAGAUAUGAAAUGGAGACUGUUCCUCGAAAACAGCUGCUGGAUUCACCUGCAGGAACAGAGCAAUAUGAAUCUGCUGUUUAUAGUCUGAGCUUUCUAGAUGCUGGGGAAGUAGCUGAGGUAUCCCAGUGUUCUGAGCAUCCAAGCUGUUCCAACAAUAUAGUGGUUGGAACCUCUUCAUCAAUCUCAUUUCUUAGAGAUGAGGAGGAAGAUUCUCAAGGACAAGAGAGUAAUGAAGCUGAUCAGAAACUGGAGCUAGCCAUUGGGGCAGUGAAAAGAUGGAAGGAGGAAGAUGUUGCCUUGGAGGCUAAAUACAAGGCAAGGGCGUUAGAAACCUUGCAUGUAAAGGAGAUGAGCCAAAGAAAACUAUUGGAGGACUUGCUUGUCAGAGAUAAACAAGAAGUGCUAAGAACAAAGAAUCAAUAUGAUAGAUUUAUGGAAGAACUACAGAUGGUUAAUGACAAGAAGGCAGCGCUUGAGGGCCGACUUGCUGAGUCACAAUGUAUGGUGAAGGAGUUGGAAGAGAAGAUGAUCUCAGCCGUGAACCUAUUGAUAAGUUUUAAGAAACAGCGGGAUGAGAUGCGAGUACAGCAUGGAGAUGCAAGGAGAGAACUGAAUUAUUCGAGGAAAUUAGCAAGCGGGGAGGCUGAGAGCUUUUAUGGGACAGAAAUCCUUGAAUUUUCUUUCAUGGAGAUCAACAACGCUACUCAGGAUUUUGAUCCAUCUUUUAGGAUUGGAGAUGGAAAAUAUGGAAGUGUCUACAAAGGGCUACUUUGUCAUCUACAAGUUGCCAUAAAAAUGUUGCCCUCUUAUGGCUCACAAAGCCUCAUAGAGUUUCAGAAUGAGGUAGAGGUUUUAAGUAGGGUGAGGCAUCCAAAUUUGGUAACACUCGUUGGAACCUGCCCAGAAUCUAGGUCGCUUGUCUAUGAGUAUGUAAGAAACGGUAGCCUGGAAGACCGCCUUUUGUGCAGUGAUAACACUCCACUUCUGUGGGAAACUCGGACACGAAUUGCUUAUGAUAUAUGCUCUGCCCUUAUCUUCCUUCACUCUAAUAAGCCUUGUCUUCCCCAUGGGAACUUAAAACCCUCUAAAGUGCUCCUUGACACCAAUUUUGUAUGCAAACUAAGUGAUUUUGGCAUCUAUCGCGUGAUCUCAGAAGGUAACUCUGGCACAUCAUUUAAUGAAGCUGAUCCUAUGGUUGCCUCCGCCUACAUGGCUCCAGAGUAUCUUCGGACUGGAGAAGUUACUCCAGAAUCAGAUUUAUAUUCAUUUGGAAUGGUAUUAUUACAACUUUUGACUGGAAGACCAGUUAUGGGGGUUUUGAAAGAUGUAAAAUGUGCAUUAGAGAAUGGACACUUAAACAUAUUGUUGGAUGCUUCAGCUGGGGACUGGCCAUUGGCACAAGCUCAGCAGUUGGCAUACUUGGCAUUGAGAUGCUGUGAGAAGAACCCAUUACACCGACCAGACCUGGUUUCUGAAAUACGGACUGUGCUUGAGCCUAUGAUGGAUUCUUGUCUUUCCCCAGCAUCAAGCUUGAGAGUCAAGAAGCACCGGCGUGUUCCCUCUCACUUUGUCUGCCCAAUUUUUCAGGAAGUAAUGAAAGAUCCACAUAUUGCAGCAGAUGGCUUCACAUACGAAGCAGAUGCUAUCAGAGGAUGGUUUAAAAGCGGCCAUGACACUUCACCUAUGACAAAUCUUAAGCUCCAACACUGCAAUCUACUUCCAAAUCAUGCACUUCAUCAAGCCAUUCAAGAGUGGCGACAAAAAUGAUGUUUUGCCCGUCUCAUUGCAUGUACAUUCACCUGCUUAUUUGAUCAUAUAUAACUACAUCCUCUAUACCAAUUUAACCGCCAUAUUUGUACUAAUCCAUUUAUAGCACACUAUCAUGUAUAGAACAAGUGAUUUUGGUCCCUUAAUGAUUCAGACAUCUUUCUCUUUGAGGAAGAUCCGGCAGUGGUUGCUUCCUAUACCAUAUUGAGCCGCUUUUCUGUUUCUAAUUCUUAACAAUGGUGGGUGAAGGAGAUGAUGCAUUUGUUUACUGGGAAAAUGAUCCGGCAACACCGCCGGCUGUCCUUUCAGAUGGUUUGUUCCUAAAUUUUCAUCUAUGACUGAAUCCUGAUCUGAUGAGACCCCAAGUGGUGAAGAAUCAGAAAAGAGCAGAUUUUUGCUAAAGCUUCUUUUGGUUACAGAUUCUACAGAUACAAGGGGACGGAGAUGCUACCCAAAUUAAAGGAACUACGUGAGC